AUGGAAAUACCUACUAUUGAUGUUACAAUCCGGGUGAAGACUCAGCAAUUGAUAAUACCGAGCACAGUUGCUGUGAACGGUCUGCCACGAAGACAUUGGAAAGUUGGGUUAUGUAUGCUGGACGAAAAAGAAGGAGAGGUUGAGAUAAAUAUAAUUUCAAAUUGUACCUUUUUUUUACAUGAAACUUUUGAAGAGCCUGUAAGAUCGUUCAAUAGUCCACCCUUCGCUGUUGAAGAAGACGGAUGGGGUGAGUUCGAAAUGAAGAUUGUUUGCGAUUUCGUUGAGAAUGGUGGUAAAUUCACCAUUCGUCACUCUCUAACAUUUGACGAGCCCGCAUAUGGAGUCGACUACGAUAUCAAGGUCCCUUAUCACAUACCGCUUCUGAAAACGCUGUUAUCAAAACACUUCAAGCUACCCGAUGUCUCCAAAGAUGAGAAAAAGAACAAUAUGUCCUCGGCAACUUCUUGGUUCAAACAAAUAGCUUCUGCUGAUCAGGACGUCGUGACCGAAGUUGUCCAGAUGAUAGUUUCACAUCCUGCGGUUCAAGCAGAGGUAAACAAACGACCAAAACACGAUGAUUUUCUGUUAGGUAUCCAUCAAUUACCAAAUGAGCUAGUAAAAAGAAUUGCGGAAUAUAUACGUAAUACAGACUCUGCACAAUAA